UCAAUGCAGCUGUCCCUUUCUUCCUUCCGCAAACUGCCACUGCUUCUUCCUAGUCCUACUCCUACACCCCGCUUUGCUCUCGCUCGGCCAGAACCCCAAGCAGCAGUCCGCCCUCGCUCGCAGGCUGCCGUUGUCAAGACGGGGUGAUCCAGGCCACCACCGCCGGAUGCGCUCUACCACGCCGGGGGUCCGCCGCUUCCACCAGGCAAGAGACACGUGAGAUGGACAGCGUGGAAAGUUUUCAAUUCUUCCAGAUCAUACUUGAGAACUCCUCGACUAGGCUGAGGCUGCCUGACAAGUUUACGACGGUGCUGCUAGAGCUAGACGGCGGCAAGCCCCAGGAAGUGAAGCUGCGGAAUGCCGGCCACGGGCGUCGCUUUUGGGACGUGAAGGUGGUGCUGGACGCCGACGGCCACAUGUACCUAGGGUUCGCCCGUGCGCACGACCUGCGGCUCGGCUACUUCCUGGUCUUCAGCUUCGACGGCGACGCCGUGCUCACCGUCAAGGUGUUCGACGUGAGCAUGUGCCGCAGGCACUACCAGCAUGAUGACGAUGGCAGUACCAGCAGUGGGAGCAGCAGCGACGGCGACAGUGGCAGCGAAGAUGGCAGCAGCAACGGCGACGGUGGCGGCAACAGCAGCAGCAUGGCGGUGAUGGGGAUCGACGACGGGCCGGCGUCGCUGUUCACCGUCAUGCUGAGGGAGUGCAACCUGGGCGUGAGGCAGAAGCAGUACCUGAACGUGCCGGUGGAGUUCCAGAACGCGCACGGGUACGCGGAGAGGAGCAAGGUGGAGCUGCGGAUGCGCGGCAAGUCGUGGUUCGUGAACCUGAAGCACAGCCCCCGGAGCCGUGGCAGGCCCCGCGCGUCGCUCAGGUACGGGUGGCACCAGUUCUGCGUCGACAACGGCCUCGGCGUCGGCGACACCUGCUUCUUCCGAGCUCUCGGCGAAGGCAGCGCCGGCGAGGUCCACCUUCUCAAGGUGGAGGUGAGGAAGCGAGACGGCAGCUUCCUGGUCUGAGGCGAGGGCGGUGGCCCCCGACCUCCGUUGCAUGCGUCAGCCUGGUUGGCCGGCGUGACCUCGUCCGUGGCCAUCGACCGGCACCACUCAGUGCGUUAUUAUGCUUGCUUAAUAAUAAUUGUAAGACCUUAAUCCUCGGUACCUCGACUG